CUGGCCACCCGGGCCGCCCCGAUCCUCGCGCGCACACGCACCAUCCAGGCCACGCUCCGCCCGGAGGAGCCUGAGGGAACCCGGCCGUACAGCUCGACGCUUCCCCUUCGCGGAUCCCUGCGGCGAGGGCGCCUCGGCGAAAGGCUGCUGGCUCCGCUGGGUGAUAAAAACCCAAAUCUGCGAAGCCAUCACGCACACACACACACACACACACACACACACUCACACACACACACACACUCACACACACACCCUCUCCCCUCCCCCGCUGCCCAAAGGUGUCUCUGAGGAAAGGCCUGGGGUCGACGCUAGCUUUUUUCCUCUCCCCACAUUCCGAGGUUCAGCUUUUACUGCAUUCUGCUUAACCGAAUGACCAUGCUAAUUUAGCGAGUAAUUUUAUUGAUUGUAACUCGAGGUUUUUUUUUAAUAACCUUCAUUUUCUCCCCUCUCCCAUCCCCCUCAUGCAUCUUUCGUCCCAUUCUUUUGAACCCGCCGCGCCACCCCCCAACAUCCCUAACGGGACCAGGCCCUCACUCCGCAUUGCCGAGCCAGGACCCCGGGCCAGCUCCCCGGAGCCCCAGGGGUCUACGUCCGCCGGCGGCGUCACCUGGGCCGCCACGCCGCAGUGCCCGGUCGGCCGUCCCGGAGCCGGGAGCUUCCUGGAGAGGCUGGAACAAUCACCCCGCCCCCCAGUCAAAUUCGCCCAGGAUCUUCCUCUGAGGAUUGGAGCGCCUGCCCCGGGUCGCCGAGCCGAGGCCUGUCUCUGCACGGCCGGGGGACGUGGGGUUUGCGACGCCGGGCUGGGCCCUGAGGAGGCGGACAAGUGCCCGGGCCCAGCGCAACCUUCACCGUUGCCCGGGUUCCAGCAGACCCCCGGCCUCCGUCGUCCACCUCCACCUCCCGGCUGGGCACUUAAUGCCCCCCACCUCCCUUCUCUUCCACCCCCACCCAACGCCGAGAGUCCACUCGGAAGCGAAAUUGGGGGUAAUUUCAGACGCUGAGUGCGCAACGGCGGAGCAACGCAUAGACUGGACGGCUGUGCGCUCGCGUGGAGGACCUCUUUCAUUCGACACAUUUCUCCUCAUUUCCUAAAUCUGCAUUGUUUUAAUGUUUGAUAUCACCUCAACAACAGGGAGAUGGGUAGGCUUAAUAUUCUUAACUGUGAACUUUGCAGAAAGUCUUCUGAUUUUUUUUAGCCGUCCCACCGUGACAAUAAAGCGAUUAAGAUGUUUUCCAUUUUGUGAAUACCAUUUUAAAUUGCUAUAUUUAAUGCUACAGGUUCUACACGUCUUAUUUGCAGACUAUUUUGUGUUUGAUUUAAUCUACAACCGAAAACAUAAUGUAUUAAGUGAAUACAUAUUUGCUCAGCUGAUAAGCUUUUUAAUAUUUAU